AUGGGCACGACAAGCAACCUAGCCGAGGCGGCGCAAGAGGCAGCGCAGGUAGUGGGUCUGAACAAAGUCGCGGUUUCGGAGCUGGUUCUCUCGCGGGUCAAAGACCAUGGGCUUCUGCACACGGCGGGUCUGAUCGGCGGCAAAUGGGCUGACGUCGCCAGCGAUAAAUCGACGUUUGAGGUCCGCAACCCCGCCACUGGCGCCGUGAUUGCCACCAUGCCCCGCAUGAGGGCCGAUGAGACGCGGGCCGCCAUAGCCGCAGCGCACGCCGUGUGGCCGCAGUGGCGAUCUAAAACGGCCAGGGAGCGCGCGGCAGUGCUCAGAAAGUGGCAUGACCUGAUCCUGGAGCGCAAGUACGACAUUGCGGCGAUCAUGACACUGGAGUGCGGCAAACCCACGGGGGAGGCGCUGGCGGAGAUUGCCUCCGGUGCCGCCUCCGUGGACUGGUUCGCCGGUGAAGCUGUCCGGGUGUGUGGUGACGUGCUGGAGCCGCCGCUCCGAGACCGCCGCAUGCUGGUGAUCAAGCAGCCGGUGGGGGUGGUGGGGGCCAUCACGCCCUGGAACUUCCCCAUGUCGAUGAUAACGCGCAAGGUAGCUCCGGCGUUGGCGGCAGGAUGUACGGUACGUACGGAUGAAGAGGGAAGGGGCUUACGUCGUGGCGGGGGUGUGGCCGAUGCAUCCUUGCGCAGUGCGCCGGACACAGAACUCCUUUUCCACCUGCGAUGUUUUAAGGAGGAGACGUUCGGCCCGCUCAUUCCGUUGUUCCGAUUUCGUUCCGAUGAGGAAGCCGUACUGCUGGCAAAUACGACAGAGUACGGACUGGCAGCUUAUUUCUACACAAGAGACUUGGCUCGUGCCUGGAAGGUGGCUGAGGAGCUGGAGUUUGGAAUGAUCGGGCUGAACGAGGUGGCCAUCACCUCGGAGGUGGCGCCCUUUGGCGGGGUGAAGGCCAGCGGCCUGGGCCGGGAGCAGUCCAAGUACGGCCUGGCGGAGUUCCUGGACGUCAAGUUGGCGAUUUGGUGUUUUGAGUACACGGGAGAAGCUGCAGAUAGGGAGGAGGUUAACGACGUCGUGGUGCUGGAGGAGGAGGAGGCGGAGGAGGAGAAGAAGGACGGGAAAAGUAGGAGACAGAAAAAGGGGGGAAUGAGCGACGCGGCAAGUGCCGCAGCGGCGUCCCCCUUCCUUGUAAAAUCCACUGACAUCGGCUGGUACGGCUGGCGGCUGGCAGAGGUUAAGGCCUGA